AUGCAAUCUUGCAAUGGACUUUUGCUUUGUUGUACCAAACAUAAUCCAUUUACAUUUAAUGAGGAUUACUAUAUAUUCAACCCAACUACUCAACAAUUCAUCACACUUCCUAAACCAGGAGGGGAUGUUAUUGGGAUGAGUUUAGCCUUUGAUCCGCGGAAAUCGCCUCAUUACAAAGUCAUCUGUCUCCGAAUUUCUGAACUGGAACCUGAGAACCAGAUUGAGAUUUACUCAUCUGAAACUAAGAAAUGGAGAGUUUCUGGUCCAUCUUUCCCUAAACGUUACGAUAUAAGUUUCAGACAUGGUCUAGUUUACUGGAAUGGAGCCAUUUAUGUGUCAUGUAACAAGCGUUUCAAUCUGGAACAAGAACAGUUUGAAGAAUUUCCUAUGCCUAAUUGCUUUGAUGGACAAGAGUGGGAUAAAGAGAAUCAUAGGAUUGUCUAUUUUGGAGAGUCUUAUGGCCAUUUGCACUUAAUACAAGUGAGAAGCCAGAAACUAACUUCGUACAAUAUUUACGAGAUGAAAAAUGAUGGUACUGAGUGGUUCUUGAAAUACGAAGUGAAUGUUGAAGAUGUUGUGUUAGCAUAUCCUAGGAUAAUUCGACGUUAUCUUGAGCAAACAGAUUUUCAUUACUGUGCAAUGGUUGUGGUUAAUGUUGUAAGAGGAGAGAAAGAGGAGGAUACUUUCUUGGUUUUGCAUAUUCCUGAAAUGGCCAUUCUACGUUACAAUUUGGCAGAUAAGUCAUUUCAUAUGCUUUGUGAUUUUGAUAGUGGCCAAAAUAAGGGUAUUCUUGAGGAAUUUGAUGAACUUGCUGUAUGUCUGCAUUUUCAUAGCUCAAGCACUUACCAAUAUAUUGAAUCUACCUAUUAUUGGUAA